CUCCCUCCUUCCUAUCAAAUCCGCGGCCGUCGACUUUUUAUGACGUAAACAUUCUCCAUUGGAGAACCAGUAUUACGAAAAAAUCAAAGGCCGUAACGGAAGCGGCGUUUUAUCGCGUGCGGGGGUUGAUGUGUGUGUUGAUGAAGAUGAAAUUAAAUCUCUGCAAAAUAGUUGAUGGCUGUCGCCUUGGGACAUUGACGAAUCUUGGCAAGAAAGGGGUUCAGUCGAUGGAAAUUCCAGGAUGUCUGCUUUAUACCAAAAUGGGAUCAGCACCACACCUUACCUACGAUACACUAGAGAAUGUUCAAGGUGUUCCUGUGGUUCGCCAGAUUCCACUUACAACACUGUGAGUGCAAUUUCAGCUUUUGUAGAUCUUCAAGAGGUCUUGCAGGAAUAUAAAGAAGGAAUUGGAAAAUUCAUAGGUAUACCAGAAUCUAUAUUAUAUUGCUCCCUUCAAGACCCUGCUGUUUGCUCCCCUCAUGGCUACAACAGCAUGAAGGCUGUAUCUAUAUGGAACAAUAGAGGACGGAAAGAAUUCACAGCAUCAAAGUUCAUGGACAUCCAAAAGGUUAUCCAACCAGACUGGUUCCAGUGUUUAUCAGAUGGAGACACUAUUUCAGGAGACAUCUCUAGAAAAAAAGCCAAGAAAUCUGUAGAUCGAUCAUUGUGCUUUUUGGAUGAAUGUCUGCAGCUGCAAGAAAAUUCUCCAGAAUUGCAACAGAGUUUAAUGAUUGGAGUUAUUGAAGGUGGAGAUGUGCUGGAGGAAAGACUAAGGUCAGCCAGGGAGACUGCCAAGAGGCCAGUGGCUGGAUUUCUUUUGGAUGCCUUUCAAGGAAAUACCAUGACUAAAGAAACUAAAUUGGAGCUCUUAUCCUCAGUUACAGCUGAACUGCCAGAAGAUAAACCAAGACUAAUCCAUGGAAUUGGUAAACCAGAUGAAGUUCUGGAGUGCAUUAAAAGAGGAAUAGAUAUUUUCGAUAGUUGUUUUCCUUACCAAGUGACAGAACGAUGCUGUGCUUUGUCCUUCAGUUAUGAUUAUCAACUGUUUCCUGAAUCAGCAGGUAUAAAAGAAGAUGAAAAAACAGAAGUGAGGAAAGAUGAGGAACAAACAAAAGAUGAAACAUGCAGUGAAGCUCAAGAAAUGACUUCAUUUGAAAUAUAUCUAAAAGAAAUAAAGUACCAGGAUGAUUUUAAUCCUUUAGUAAAUGGAUGCUCAUGCUAUUGCUGUCAAAACCACAGUCGUGCUUAUAUUCAUCACCUCCUCAUAACCAAAGAGCUGCUGGCUUAUGUCCUUCUUACGAUGCAUAACUUUCAGCAUUACUUUAGCUUCUUUUCUUCUAUCCGAAAUGCUUUGAAAGAAGAUAAGUUGGAUCAAUUGAGCAUGAUUAUCAGCAGGCAAGCCCUCUGAGGUCAGAUAUGUAAAAAAACAAAAAAAAAAAAACUGCUUCACCAACCUGGCUUACCCUUCUGGAUCAAUAUUAUGGAGAAGAGCUGGUAUACAAUGAGGGAUACCACGACAAAAGAAAAUCCAUAUUUUGCCUAACAUCUCACAUCUGAGUAUAACUUUCUUAGUCCCUAUAAUUUUGGGAAAGGUUGAGAUUUUUUUUUAGAGGUAUUAAUCUUUGAAAAAGAUAAAAAUAAGGAUAUUCUCUAUAAGAAUUCACAUAUUUUUCUGAAUUGUAUUAAUGAUAUUAAUAAUUUAUGGACAUUUGAACGGCAGUGAGAAGAAAAGAACAUCAACUAAUCAGGAGAAUGGGAAAACAACUCCACAUCAGUUUGAGAUACAAGUGUACUAUUAUUGUAUAUUAAUUUAUUUUGUUUUUUUGUUUUUUUAAAAUAUCAGGAAGAGAUGACAUACAGUAGCUAAAAAUCAUAGGAAAAAUAUAGUUCCUGUUAUGAAUUAUGUCUCACUUGGACACUUCUGAUGGUGGGAACAUUUUAAAAUAAUGCAUUCCUUAAAGUCUUCUGUUUUCUUGUUGAAUAGAGAGCUUUUUACAUAUGUUGUAAGUUGUCUAUUAGAGAACCUGAUUUUAAUAAUAACAAAAAGUGGCUGUUUAUCUCAAGGGUAUGGAUUGCAUUCUUUCAACAAUAUCCUUUUACGGUAGUGUUUUGAGAGGGGGAUGAGUAAGGUUUUGAUAGUAAAAGAAAAUCUAGCAAAUAAUAUAUUUCAGGUUUCUUUAUAUUAUUUCUUCAAUUUUCUUUUUUACUGGAUUUUUUUACUAUUAUAUUUGAACAUUAAAAGUUUUUAUAUUAUUAAAUUUA